CCCACAAGCGUCUUCAGUACUGGCGGUGUGAAUGGAAGAAUGGGGGCUUAACUUGUAAUUAAACGCGUUGCGUUCAUAUUCUGGGCUCAUUUGCUUGUCUGCAGAUAGUAUGGUUUGCUAAUAAAGUGCACAGAAUUUGAUCUUUUAAUAUCACUGUCUUAGUACAUUAAGCCUGGAUCUGGUUCCGACCUCCGCUUAAACUCUUACACAACAAUCCAGGAAGUGGUCAGGACCUGGUCAUGGACCUGUUGCACCUUUACGAGUGGAUCGAUGUCAAAAGUAUUUUGAUAUUUUCGUGUGUGUUUUUAUUGCUGAGUGAUUAUAUCAGAAAUAAAGCGCCGAAGAACUUUCCUCCUGGACCAUGGUCUUUGCCGAUUAUAGGAGACAUUCAUCAUAUCGAUAAUAGUAAGAUUCAUCUUCAGUUUGCAGAGUUUGCAGAAAAAUAUGGCAAGAUUUUCAGCCUAAGAAUUUUUGGACCAAGAAUUGUUGUAUUGGAUGGAUAUAAACUAGUGAAGGAGGUUUAUAAACAACAGGGUGAUAACCUCGCUGAUCGUCCUACAUUACCUUUAUUUGAUGACAUCACUGGAGACAGAGGUUUAAUUGUUGCCAAUGGCUAUAAAUGGAAGCAUCAGAGGAGAUUUGCACUCUCAACUCUUCGAAACUUCGGAUUGGGAAAGAAAAGUUUAGAGCCAUCCAUCAGUCUUGAGUGUUGCUUUCUGAAUGAAGCCAUUUCAAAUGAACAAGGUCGACCAUUUGACCCUCGCUUUCUGCUGAACAACGCUGUCUCAAAUGUAAUCUGUGUCCUCGUGUUUGGUAAUCGAUUUGAGUACAAUGACCAUGGCUUCCAGUCUCUGUUGAAGAACAUAAGUGAAGCUAUUUAUCUGGAAGGAAGCAUCUGGGCUCAACUUUAUAACAUGCUCCCAUGGCUCAUGCGGCAACUGCCUGGACCACACAAAAAAAUUAUUACUCUGUGGAAAGAAGUGAUUAGCUUUGUUCGAGAGAAGGUGAAUGCACACAAAGCGGAUUAUGAUCCAUCAAAUCCUCGAGACUACAUUGACUGCUUUCUUGCUGAGAUGGAAAAACUUAAGGACGACACAGCCGCUGGGUUUGAUGUGGAGAACUUGUGCAUCUGUACUCUAGAUCUGUUUGUAGCGGGAACUGAGACCACCUCCACAACUCUGUACUGGGGUCUUCUCUACAUGAUCAAAUAUCCUGAGAUACAGGUCAAAGUUCAGGAGGAGAUUGAUCGUGUUGUGGGAGGGUCACGGCAGCCAUCUUUAUCAGAUAAGGACAACAUGCCCUUCACCAAUGCUGUCAUUCAUGAGAUACAGAGGAUUGGAAAUAUUAUCCCAAUAAAUUUGGCCCGGGCUACUGCGGAAGAUACUCAGAUAGGAAAAUACUCUAUUCCAAAGGGCACAAUAGUGACCGGCAGUUUGACAUCAGUGCUGUUUGAUGAGUCGGAGUGGGAGACGCCUCACUCUUUUAAUCCGGGUCACUUCUUGGAUGCUGAGGGCAAUUUCAGGAGGAGAGAUGCCUUUUUACCUUUCUCUCUAGGAAAGAGAGUGUGUCUUGGGGAGCAGCUGGCACGGAUGGAGCUGUUCCUGUUUUUCUCCUCUCUGCUGCAGCGCUUCACUUUCUCUUCACCGGCGGGUGUGGAGCCCAAAUUGGAUUUUAAACUGGGGGCCACUCACUGUCCCCAGCCAUAUGAAUUGUGCGCAGUGACACGCUAAAACAAGCAACACUCAAGUAAUUUUAUACAUUUCAGUAAUGUUUUAUUUAAAUCUGAAAAAAAAAGAACCCAAAAUGUGCAUCUCUAAAAGUUACUGGGUGCUACAUGAUGAUCUGUUUUAGCUAUUUCUUGGUUGGUUGGAUGUAGACUGGCUAGUCGGUUAGUUGGUUUAGGGCUGCACAAUUAAUCGAAUUUCUAAUCGCGAUUACGAUUACGGAUGCCACGAUUUCGUAAUCGUUCAAAGGCGCGAUUACAAGGAAAAAUAUCCACUUACAUUAUUCUGCGUGUUUUGAACAUGUUACGUUGUGAGAGGCGAAUCACGACUACAUAAUGUAAAAGGUCUAACCCAGCAUAAAAAAGCUACCAGUGACGUAAGUGUACGCUGAUGGGAAACACCAGGGCCCGCCAUUUUUUAAAAAGCCGUGUACACAGCCUAGUGUUGUCAAAAUAUUGAUAUUUCCAUAUGUAUCGAUACUAAAAUAUCUGAAACGAUACCAGUCUUCUUUCUGCAGUAUCGAUACACCGAUACCAGCUGCGUGUUCUCGCUCUCCUCUCUGACAGCGAGUUGCGACGCACGCGCCUCCUCUCAUUCACAUAAAGCACAGACACAUAAUGAAGCCGCCUUUGACAUACAAGUGCCAAAAUAACCUCCUUUUCGCGGUUUAUUAAUGGUCAAAUACACUCAGAAGCAAUAUCAAAAUGCCCAUCUUGGUGAGUAUUAAUGUGAAACAGUUCAGGAAGAAUGUGUCCGUGUGUUCGUCAGGUCUUAAAGGGACAGUAGCCGAAUAAACGUACCGCUCUCUAUGUUGUUAUUGUUAAUCAACAGACAAAGAGAAAAUCACUUAGGCCUACUGCUCUUGACUGAUUAACUUCUGUAACUUUAAUCAGUUAAUCUGUAUUUAAUUUUUAUAAUGAAGAUUAUCCAAUUUUAUUUUACAUUUGAUUAGCCUACUUUGUUUUUUAUUCAGUUUCUUACCUGAUUACUACAGUUAGACCUACCUGAAAAUAGAAAGCAGUCUAUUUAAUUUCUAUCUUUAUUCUAUUGUCUUUGUGCUAUAGUUAGUAAUUUGUUCAUUUGUUCUUAUUUUAUUACUGUUUACUUGUCUUUUUUAAAUUCAAUUUACCAUUUGAAAUCAAGCUUCCUUGUGCUGUGUGUAAUAUACUGCAACAAAAUUACCCCAUUGUAAAAACAAAUACAUUGAGUUAGCAAAUAUUUGUGAGAUAAUUGUAAUGGUAACUGAUCAACAUUUAUAUAUGAGAAAAGCUUAAAAGCUUUAUCAUAAAAAGUGAUCUCUUCAGAAGAAAUUUUUGACUAAUAAUAAAUAAAAAAUAAUAAUAAAAAUAUCUAUAUGACAGUAUUGUUUUUUAUUAUAUCGAUGUUAGAAAUUCCAGUAUCGUGACAACACCAGCCUAUAUAUUUACUCCACAAACUAACUCUACAAACAUGGAAAAGAGUGAUAGAUGGACCUCUCAACCUUUCGCUGAGGAGAAAAUCCAGCGUGACUUUGAACAGACCAAGCAAAACAUGAUUAUUCUUUCAAACAAUGAUAUAAAGCUAUUCAAAACAUCAUUCAAUGUAAAUUGUGAUAAUCGUCAUUAAUAAUCGCAAUUACAAUUUCAAGGAAUUAAUCGACAAUUAUGAUUUGUCAUAAUCGUGCAGCCCUAAGUUGGUUUGUAUAAUUUUUUUUUUUUUUUUAACAAAUAAAUCACCAUUGGAAGCAAAAAGGAUCAUUACCAUGAGUAAUAAAGGGAAAAAUCAUGAUGUGUCCUACUGUGAUAAACUUCUAAAGACUGAUUUAAUUAAAUGUGAUUGUAAGUAAUAAAUAAAUAAUGAAUAAUA